GAGGAGCUGCGCUCGCCAAGGUGACCGCAGCGUGGGGACAUGUCGCUGCGGAGGCCCCCAGCGCUUGUGACACUGAUGAGAGCCGCGGGGGGCGGCGAGGCGGGGGCUGUCCACCGGUGCCGGCACCCCACCGGGCUUCUGCGCUUCCCUUCGGUCUCCUCCGCACACCAGAUGCGCCGGUGCUCGGCCCCACCGCAGCCGGCCAUCGCCGCCAAGGAGCCGUUCCCGGUGGAGCUGAAGGCGGGAAAGAAAUACGCCUGGUGUGCCUGCGGCCACAGCAAGAAACAGCCCUUCUGCGACGGCGCCCACAAGAAGUCAGCCCCGGGGAUAUCCCCACUGCGCUUCACCGCCGAGGAGGACAGGACAGCCUGGCUGUGUGGGUGCAAACGCACCCGCAGCCCCCCGUACUGCGAUGGCACCCACAAGGAAGAGGCUGUGCAGAGCGCCCAGAUCACCACCCAGCCCUGACACCCACGGCGGCGGCGGUCACAGAGCCCACGAGAGCUCAGAACCGCAGGGACGGGGGUCCUGGAGCCCAUGGGAGUGCAGGACCACAGGGAUGAUGAAGGAGGGAGCGGAGGGAGGAGGCGAUGCUCAACUCACACCCCGAUUAAGCUGAUUUUGACACCAGCUCCAGGAAACCAGCCCGACUGCGCCAUGGGGACAGGGAUUUUGCCUUCUGCCCCACGGGGGCCUUGCCAGGGAUAGCAAAGGCUCGGCUCUGGCUGUGGAAAUAAAAGAAUCCACUGGGUAA